GAAGGUAAAGGGGAAGGUAAAGGGGAAGGUAAAGGGGAAGGUAAAUGGGAAGGUAAAGGGGAAGGUAAAGGGGAAGGUAAAUGGGAAGAUAAAUUGGAAGGUAAAGGGGAAGGUAAAGGGGAAGGUAAAUGGGAAGGUAAAUGGGAAGGUAAAGGGGAAGGUAAAUGGGAAGGUAAAGGGGAAGGUAAAUGGGAAGGUAAAGGGGAAGGUAAAGGGGAAGGUAAAGGGGAAGGUAAAGGGGAAGGUAAAGGGGAAGGUAAAUGGGAAGGUAAAGGGGAAGGUAAAUGGGAAGGUAAAUGGGAAGGUAAAGGGGAAGGUAAAGGGGAAGGUAAAUGGGAAGGUAAAUGGGAAGGUAAAGGGGAAGGUAAAUGGGAAGGUAAAGGGGAAGGUAAAUGGGAAGGUAAAGGGGAAGGUAAAGGGGAAGGUAAAGGGGAAGGUAAAGGGGAAGAAGCUAAAUGGGAAGGUAAAGGGGAAGGUAAAGGGGAAGGUAAAUGGGAAGGUAAAGGGGAAGGGGAAGGUAAAAAGGAAGGUAAAGGGGAAGGUAAAUGGGAAGGUAAAGGGGAAGGUAAAGGGGAAGGUAAAGGGGAAGGUAAAUGGGAAGGUAAAGCAGAAGCUAAAUGGGAAGGUAAAGGGGAAGGUAAAGGGGAAGGUAAAGGGGAAGGUAAAUGGGAAGGUAAAGGGGAAGGUAAAGGGGAAGGUAAAUGGGAAGGUAAAGGGGAAGGUAAAUGGGAAGGUAAAUGGGAAGGUAAAUGGGAAGGUAAAGGGGAAGGUAAAGGGGAAGGUAAAGGGGAAGGUAAAGGGGAAGGUAAAUGGGAAGGUAAAUGGGAAGGUAAAGGGGAAGGUAAAUGGGAAGGUAAAGGGGAAGGUAAAUGGGAAGGUAAAGGGGAAGGUAAA